ACAUUUAAACAAGGGAUUAAAGGUAGGUUUUACCAUAUACAAGUGUUCGUAGUAGAUUAAAACAGAUGGAUGGCAUUUACCACUAAAUCUUUGUAAAUUGUUUUAAAUAUGUUUUAAAAGGAAGUUUUGAUAAAAUGGUGAGGUUGACAAACGGUGAAUGGCCCAGCUGAGAGCUCAUAGGCACCUAUUGGGGGUGGAGAAGACUAGGAAAUAUUUGCCAUCUGUUCAAAAAUAGAUUCUCGAUCUGGACUUUUGCCCAUAGAGCAGUGUAAGCAGAGGGGGCUGACUCCCUGCACAACUUUAAACCAUAAGAUUGCAAACACUGUUAAUAACAUUUUAUAUUUAGUUUAGCCGAACCUCUCAGUUUAAUUGCAUCAGAAUAAGUGUUAAAAGUUCUAUUGUCGUCUCCCAAAUAGCUAAUAUAAAAACAAGUGAAAGUGUUUUGAGUGAUAGCCAUUUUAUUUUUAGACAUGUUUGCAAUAUAUUUUGGACCAGGAUAAAAAUGUUGUUAAAGCAUGAAGCCCGUUUUAUGUAAGACGUUUAAAUUUAUCACUUUCAAGAAUGCACUGUGAAACUACUAGUUUAGAUGUCAGGGAAGGAGUGGGCAUCUUGCUGCGGAAACAGCAAUUUUAACAAUACAACAGCACCGGAAGAAUGGUCAGUCCAUGCCCAAUUGACCUUCACACCCCAAGCGGGUAACAUAGUUUUGACCACGAGUGAUGGCGGAAGUGGAUACGCUGCUAGAGGGGAUUCGGGUUAUAGUAGCGAACGAGUAGGAAGCCCUAGAUGUUGCGGAGGGCUUGGUCUAACAGGAGCCCGGGCGACUUGCAGUGUUACAGUCGCAGGUCACCACACAGUUACACUGACUUGCUCCGAAAUUCCUGAACCUCCCACAAAUGUGGUGCCACCUGUUAAUCAACAUUCUCAGGCGCCUCAACAACAACAACAGCAGCAGCAGCAGCACAACCAACAUUUUUGCUUUCACCCUCCUCAUCCUCCUCCAGAAAAACAACAUUUCACACCUCUUUUCAAAGAUGCAGCUUCACAAACAUCAACGUCUCAAGUCCCCUUGGUUGUAAAAGAGCAGUCUCGUAAACCAAAGCCAGUGACUCGAUCGCCAGCUAGAGUCAGAGGGAGCCCUUUAGCAAAUAAAUCACCAGCAAGUAGCAGCGAAGGAAUGAAAAACCCUAGAACUGUGCACAUCGAUGUUUAUUGCACUGGGUCUGAUUCCGAAAGUUCAUCAUCUUCUGAAGAAGAUACAAUUUCAACACCACAGACGGUUUUUGAAUCAAGUAAUAUGAAAGUACUUCAUACCCGUGCUAAUGGAAAUCAAGUCCCACAUGCACUGCAACGCCAAAAAAGGCAAAUAUUAAGUAAUAGUAAUGUGAAUACAAUAUUCUCACCUACUGGAAGCCAGUCGAAUUUUAGCACAGCUUACCCUUCACCUCGAAGCUCGCUAGUGUCCGGGUUUGAUAAUUUCAGUAUCCCCAGUGAAAGCACUAUUUCAUCUAGAAUGUCAGUUGAAAAUAGUUCUUCUGUAACCACUUCUUGGAAAGAUACCGACAUUGAAUCUACAAGGGCCAGCCUGAAGGAAAAUGACAGCUUUGAAUAUGACAACUCACUCGAUAAAUUGAGGAUAAAACAAAAAGAGAAGAUUUGGGGGGAGCAAGCAAACACAGGUUUAAAAAAGGGAACGGGUUUCAAGAACAGGUCUCCGCCAAUCACUGUAAGAGAUGACGAGGAUUCAAGUAGUUCCACUUCCUCCGAUGAGAGUGACGGUUUGGCAUGGAGUUUCGGACGUUAUGCCGACCUAGAAGCCAAGCAGGGUUUAAAAAGGGAGGACACGGUUCGUAGGGCUAACUCUCAGUCGAGUGAAGUAUCAGUUGUAGGCAAACAGCCGACGUGUCUCAGAAAAUCUGGAAGCUUGAGCGACUCAGAAAUCUCACCGUCCGGAAAAAAAUCAUAUAAAAACUCUGGGAAACCUCCACCAAUAAAAUAUGAACAUUGGUCAAAGGCGCAAAAGUUUGGUCCGGUAGUUGGUUCAUUGAAAAAGCCGGGACAUCAUGUGGGCCCUUCGAAGAAUCCUGAUUGCUCGUGUGAUACUUGUCGAUAUUUUUUUGAACAUAUUUGUUAUAGAAAUCGUACUAGAUCACUCGGAGAUAAUCCAAGUUAAGGAUACAAUUUAAUGAACAAAUAUUAAAGUAAUUAAAUAAUUUUGUUUUCUAAAUUUAUUAAAUGACCAAGAAAAAUUGAGUUUCUUAAAAAUUUGGAUCUUAACCGUGUAUACCUCUCAUGGGUUUAUUAAUAUUAUAUAAAUAAAAUAUUUGUCUAUUUAAUUUUUUAAGCUACUGAUUGGUUUUUAACAUGUGCUCAUUUAGAAUGACCCCCAUCCCCUUCUUUUAAAGAGCCUUAAACCUUUAAUAAUAUAUCACUGUAAUUUAUUUUAAUGAGAUGUGUGGAUUUAAACAUUCAAUUUAUAUUUUGUUAUUUAUUAGUGGUAUUUUUAUCAAUUUAAGUUUGCAAAAAGUUGAUUUUUUUUUUAAAUGAGUUUGAGAUGGAUGUUUGGAAGUAAAAUGUAUUGUUUAUUACUACUAGUGCUUAAUUAAGCAACAUCUUAAUAAUGCUUUCUAAUGAUUUAUUUGAAAAUAUGCUUAAGAUUUAAUAAAUAUUAAGUUAAAAAUUUAUUUUUAAAAAAGACUGUU